AUGACCUCCAACGCGGACAACGCCAUGGCGAGAUUCCUCUUUGCCAUUCUCAAGCAAAAGAAUCUCAAGGAUAUUGACUGGACCCAAGUCGCCAACGAUCCCGUCCUGCUGCAGCCCAUUACGAAUGGUCAUGCCGCCAGGAUGAGAUACUCACGCUUCCGUUCCACCAUCACCGGCCACGAGCCCAACAAGAGACGCAGCUCCGGCGAAAAGUCGGGCAAGGUCUCCAAGUCGUCGUCCCGCCGCGAAUCACAAGCCAAAAAGGACAGCAUUGUCAAGUCCGAGUCCAGCAUCAGCUUGGCCUCGUAUCCUCAGUUCACCCCAGACGUCUCCCCCUACAUGGGCGACCUCGGCGACGACUUUGACAACCCCCGAUUCAUGACGCCCUGCAGCGACGAUAUGACGCAGCCGCUCUCCCUCCACCCCUCGGCGAUCCACCAGAUCCCCCAGCACUCCGGAAGCGGCCUCGACGCGAGUCCCGUGUUUCUGAAGCAGGAGCCCGGCCUCGAGAGCUCGCCCGAUUUCUCCGCCUUUGAAGCCGCCAUCGACAUGGGCAACUUCGAUCCCGGCGCCGCCUUUGAUCAGCACGACCUGAGCGCCACACAGACGCUCUGGAACGACCAGUUCCAGGACGGACACUUUUAA